GCAAGUUUGGUGAAGUUAUUUUGAGAGAAAAGUUCCUUACUUGGCUCGACACCUUCGUCCUUCCACCAUGUUCCGCAGAAGCUUUAGUUGGUUCAUCCGCAUUUUUGUGACGCUGGUCAUAUUUACUGGCUACUGUCACCAAGUUCCUGUUACAGAAUCCUAUACCGGAGUCACCUUGCAUACUUUAACAACCGACAACUCAGAAUUCCUCACAGUGGGACGAGUUCAGGAGGCUGAGGAGGCCACGGCCGUGGAUCUGGGUGCCCUGCUGGACGCCGGGGACGGCGCUGUGGUGUCUCUGCUGGCCGGGGACACACGGCUUGUGGCUCACAGGGCUGUCUUGGCCGCCAGGAGUCCCGUGUUUGCGGACAUGUUCCGUCGCGUCACUGUAGAGGGCAGCAGCAGCCAGCUCGUACUCUCGGACACAGAGGGUCCUGUGCUGCGCCAGGUGCUGGCAUACCUCUACACCCUGCAGGUGCCCCAGCUGCCCAGCAUGGCCCCAAGGUUGCUGGUCGCCGCCGACGUAUACGGUGGUCACCCAGCUGUCUGUUGA